UUGGCAACCAGUAGAUCUAGAAGGCAGAAGAAAGAGAAAACAGGAAGAGCUGCAGCUUUUGAAAAAUUGAAAAGGGCUAAAGAAAGGGGAGAGAAGCAUAAAUAUGAGAUAGAAGAAGAGAAGUCAGUAUAUGAGAUAGUGGAUGAAGAUAAUUAUUCUGAAAUUGUCAGACAAAGACAAGAAGAUGACUGGAUUAUUGAUGAUGAUGGAGCAGGCUAUGUGGAAGAUGGAAGAGAAAUAUUUGAUGAUGAUAUGGAUGAGGAAACAGUUUCUAAAAAUGAUAAAAACAUUGGAGAUAAAAAGAAGAAUAAGAAUAUUGUACGACCUGGAACGAAACCUAAAGCUAAUAUUAAAUCUAUGUUUGCUGCUGCUUCCAUGGUUACUAAGAAAAAACCUGAGAAAGAUGUCAGUUUAGCCGAUGAUGAAUUACUGGGUGAUUUAAUGGAAGAACUAGGAUCUUCCCAAGCCAAACCACUUCCUGUUAAAAUCAACAAAAAUAAACCUUCUAACAAAGCGGCUUUGAAUCCCUUCAGCGUUAAACCAUUGAAGCCAAGAAACAUAAAACAGGAACCAGACCAUUCCAUUCAAAGACCUCAAGCACCAGCUAUCAAGAUCAAGAAACAACAUAAACCAGAACCGGUUCGAAUUAAGAAGGAACCAGUUGAGAUUAAACCAGAACCGGUUGAUGAAGACUCUCCUAUGAUUGAACAGUUCGAUACCAAUAUGGAUGACGAUGAUGAUGUCAUCCAAACUGAAAAUCAAGUGCAACAAAAUGGAGGUGCUAAUUUAGAGUUUGUGUCAAGUGGAUGGGAGAACGUCCAAUCAGAAACUGUUGAGCCUGUAGGCGAUAUCCAUGUUGACUCAUCUAAGUUGCCCCUGGUUACUAACGAAGAAGGAGAACAGAUCAUGAGGUUUUAUUGGUUAGAUGCUUAUGAAGACCCUUGGAAGCAGCCAGGUACAGUAUAUCUAUUUGGUAAAGUUUUUAUCGAAUCAGCUGAGUCACAUGUUAGUUGUUGUGUCACCGUUAAAAAUAUCGACAGACGUGUUUAUCUAUUACCACGAAAAAAUAGAUAUAACAUGAAAACUAAAGAAGAAACUGAAGGAGAAAUCAGUAUGGUGGAUGUUUAUACUGAAUUUAACGAGCAGAUUGCUGAUAAACAUAAAAUCAUGAAAUUUAAAUCAAUGAAAGUAACAAAACAAUAUGCAUUUGAGAAAAUAGAAGUACCAGUUGAAUCUGAAUAUUUAGAAGUUCGCUACGCAGCAGACCUACCAGCGCUGCCAACAGAUCUCUGCGGAGAGACUUUCAGCCAUAUUUUUGGAGCUAAUAAAUCUAGUUUAGAGUUGUUUUUGAUAGAUAGAAAAUUGAAAGGUCCUGGUUGGCUAGAUUUAAAAACACCACAAUUGCCGCCAGGGCCUGUGAGUUGGUGUAAAGUAGAAGCUGUAGUCACAAGUCCUAAUCAUGUGACAGUCUUACGAGACAGCUUAGCUCCGCCCCCUCUUGUGAUAAUGACGUUGAAUCUACGCACUUUACCCAACCCUAAAACACAUCAAAAUGAGAUUAUUGGUGCUGCAGGGUUGAUACAUAAUGAUUAUAACAUGGACAAACCUGCCCCGAAACAAAAUCAAUUUCAGCAACAUUUCUGUGUGUUAUCUAAACCUAAUGAUUGUAUUUACCCGUUUGAUUUUAAAGACAAACUUUCUAAAGAGGGUAAAAAUAUGAAAACUGAAGUUUUACCAAAUGAACGAGCGUUAUUAGCAUUUUUACUGGCCAAAAUACAUAAAAUAGAUCCUGAUUUAAUCAUUGGUCAUGAUAUAUAUGGGUUUGAUCUAGAUGUGAUGUUACACCGAAUUAAUGCCAACAAGAUCCCUCAUUGGUCCAAAAUUGGAAGACUAAAACGAUCAGUUAUGCCUAAAUUAUCGCAUGGUCCAGGUCAAAGGUCACAUGGUGAGAAAUCGGCAAUGUGUGGGCGUAUGAUGUGUGAUAUACAAAUAUCAGCUAAAGAAUUAAUACGCAGUCGAAGCUACGAUCUCACGGAACUCGUGCAACAUAUUUUACACGAAAAACGUAGCGAAAUAGAUUACGAUGAUAUCAGAAAUAUGUACAGUUCAUCCAAGCAUCUUUUACAACUGAUAGAGCUGACCCUAGUAGAUUCUACGUUUAUUUUACGUAUUAUGUAUGAAUUGAAUAUAAUACCACUAGCUCUUCAGAUCACCAAUAUCUGUGGUAACAUUAUGGGUAGAACAUUAAUGGGAGGUAGAUCUGAACGAAAUGAGUAUCUAUUACUCCAUGCUUUUACAGAGAAGAAUUUUCUGGUCCCUGAUAAAGAAUACAAGAAAAAACCUGUUGUGCAUCAUAAUGAAGAUGAAGAAGACCUGGACACCACCAAAUCUAAGAAGUCACAAGGAAAGAGGAAGCCUGCUUAUGCUGGAGGAUUAGUCCUGGAACCCAAGAAAGGUUUUUAUGACAAGUUUAUCUUACUGCUAGAUUUUAACAGUUUAUAUCCUUCAAUCAUUCAAGAAUAUAACAUUUGUUUUACUACUAUUAAUAGAACACCUGUAGCACAGACCAACGAAGAAGAUGAAGAAGCCCUGCCAGAAUUACCUGAUAAAGAUCUGGAGCCUGGAAUUCUACCCACAGAAAUCAGGAAACUGGUGGAAUCUAGGAAACAGGUCAAACAGCUGAUGAAAGUAGAUAACUUAUCUCCAGAACAAAAAAUGCAGUAUGAUAUUCGACAGAAAGCGUUGAAAUUAACAGCCAACAGUAUGUAUGGUUGCCUUGGUUUCUCCCACUCCAGAUUUUACGCUAAACCAUUGGCUGCCAUGGUUACAGGGAAAGGUCGAGAGAUCUUACUGCAGACGCGAGAUUUAGUUCAGAUGAUGAAUUUAGAUGUUAUUUAUGGUGAUACAGAUUCUAUUAUGAUCAAUACUAAUUCUACAGACAUGGAUACUGUUUUUAAACUUGGCAAUAAGGUGAAAGCAGAAGUCAAUAAGUUAUAUCGUCUACUAGAGAUUGAUAUUGAUGGUGUGUUCAAGUCCAUGUUGUUAUUAAAGAAAAAGAAAUACGCUGCAUUGAGCGUCUCAAAAAAUAGUGAUGGCACCUACACAACGACCCAGGAGUUGAAAGGUUUAGAUAUUGUGCGACGUGAUUGGUCAGAUUUAGCAAAAGAGGCGGGAAAUUUUGUAGUGAGUCAAAUAUUAUCUGGAGAGUCUAGAGAAGAGAUAGUAGAAAAUAUUCACACUAAACUUAUAGAGGUUGGAGAACAAGUUAGAAAUGAUGGUAUAUCUACUGAACUAUUUCAUAUUACAAAGUCGUUAACCAAGAACCCCGAAGAUUACCCAGACAAGAAGAGUUUGCCACAUGUCCAGGUGGCGCUACGAUUAAACAGUAAGGGUGGUAAGAAGUUACGCGGUGGUGAUACUAUACCAUAUAUCAUCUGUGAAGAUGGUUCCAAUUUACCAGCUUCCCAACGUGCCUAUCACCCAGAAGAGUUGGCCAAGCAAGAAACACUCAAGAUUGAUGUAAAGUACUAUUUAUCUAAUCAAGUCCAUCCUGUGGUAUCUAGGUUGUGUGAUCCUAUAGAAGGAACAGACGCAGCUCAUCUAGCUGAAUGUUUAGGCUUAGACCCAUCAGGUUAUCGUCAUGCAGUUCAUCAUAAUGAUGAGGAGGACGCGUUACUAGGCGACCAACUGACAGAGGAGGAACGUUACAAGGAUUGUGAUAGGUUGAAAUUCAUCUGUCCUCAACCAACUUGUAAUAAAGAAAUUAUAUUUGACAGUGUCUUCAGUGGUUCGGAAGCCUAUAUAGAGUGUUCACUAGCUAAAUGUACCAACCCAGCCUGUGAGAGUCGGCCUGUAGACUAUUUAGGUCGUAUUAAAAACCAACUCACCAUGGUCAUUAGGCAACAUAUUAAAAAAUAUUAUGAGGGCUGGAUGAAAUGUGAGGACACGGCAUGUGGAGCGAGGACCAAGAAAUUACCGUUAAUGUUUCAACGGGGACAUCCUUUCUGCUCGGCCUGUCAUCGUGGAAUUCUUCAUUUAGAGUAUAGCGACUCAGCCCUGUACACUCAGUUAAGUUUUUACCAAUAUUUAUUUGAUCCAGAGAAAGCUAUGAGUUUAAUGUCUGACAGAGAUAGAGCACGGCUAAAAAUCAAGGAGUAUAUAAGUGACUAUAAAUAUAUUAAGGACUCUGUGGAUCGUUGGAUCAAUUCCAGUUCUUAUUCAGAAGUGAAUCUUAAUAGACUCUUUGAUGGUCUUUUUAUUCUCAAAUAG